AUGCGCAGACUGCAUUUCAUGCAGGAAGUAGGGAAUGUUUUGGUUUUGAGAGCUGCACAGACGAAAAAAAAAUCCCUUAUGCAUGGGUUCAUUGACUGCCACUGUCAUAUCUCUGCUGGGGAUUUUGACAAGGACGUGGAAGAGGUGAUCGAGAAUUCAAAGAAGGCUGGCUUGCUGGCACUUUUGGCUGUGGCUGAGCAUGCUGGGGAAUUUACCAAAAUCAUUGAGCUGUCUCAGAGAUUUCCAGGUUUUAUUUUCCCCUGUUUGGGAGUCCAUCCUGUUCAGGAAGUUUCCCCAGAGCAACAGAGGAGUGCUUCUCUUCAGGACCUUGAUGCAGCUCUACCCGUCAUAGAGAAAUACAAAGACCGGCUUGUCGGAGUUGGAGAGGUUGGCUUGGAUUUUACUCCCAGGUUCGUCAGCGGCGAGUCUGAUAAGGAGAGUCAAAAGCUGGUUCUCAUACGUCAAGCACAGGUUGCCAAGGAGCUGGAUCUCCCACUAAAUGUUCAUUCGAGGUCUGCAGGACGACCCACCAUCCACCUCCUGAAGGAGCAAGGUGUCGGUAAAGCCCUUCUUCACGCUUUUGAUGGGAAGCCUUCUGUUGCAAUGGAGGGAGUGAAGGCUGGAUAUUUCUUCUCUAUCCCCCCAUCCAUAAUACGGAGCGAGCAGAAGCAGAAACUUGUAAAGCAGCUGCCUCUGGAGAACAUCUGUUUGGAAACCGAUUCGCCUGCUCUCGGCCCAGAGAAGCAGGUAAGAAAUGAGCCCCGAAACAUCUGCGUCUCUGCCGAGUACAUCAGUAAGGUCAAAGGCGUGUCGCUGGAGACGGUGAUGGAGGUGACGACCCAGAAUGCCCUGCGGCUCUUCCCCAAGCUCAAGUCUGCCAUUAAACCCUGACGGUCACGUCAGCAAGCCAGAAUAUUUUCUCGUAAGAAUGUGUACAUCACCAUGUGAUUAAAAACUUUUAAAAUCACAA